AUGUCGUUCUUUGGGUAUCGAGGCUCUAGUCGAUCCUCACAGCAGGAGACGCAUCUGAGCGAGACAGAGCGCCUAAGAGGGCGACAGCUGGCAAGCCUCGUGCGCGCAGGCGGUCGAGCCAAGAACCAACAGCAAACAAGCUUCGAAGUACCGGUGCUUCAUACUUCACGCGGUCCGCUGACGCUGCAGCUGCAGCUGCCAUCUGACUUUCCCGUUCGAGUUCCUCGCAUCAAGGCGUCGAUUCCACUCCAGCAUCAGUGGCUUGAUACUGCAGGAAAUGUACGGGGACAUCCGGAUUUGGAUAUGUGGACGGUGCACUCGGAUCUGGGGCGCAUUGUGACAGAGAUUGCAAAAGAGUUGCGAGAAUCUGCUGACACUGUGCCAGAAAGCAAGCAAAUAGUGCCUCCGACGAGAAAUAGUAUGCCGACACAGGUAACACUAGUGACGCCGCACAUCAAAUCCACGGCCGGCUAUGCGUCAGCCAACGCGCAACAUAAGUCAGACACUCGGGCUCGGCAUACACAGAUGCCCGUGAUUCCUUCGACAUUUCUAGAGCUGGAAGAGUUAUCCCCUUCCCAGCUCCAGAAACUAAAUUCGGAUGAGCAUGCAAUUAAAAUUUUUGUUGACAAAUUGACUUUAGUGACAGAAUUCACACAGCUGCGCGACCAGAUCUUGCACAGCAACAUGGGCACCGCAAUGAAAACUCUUGGUCACGAGUCGGAGUUGCGCAAUUUACAGAAAGCGAUCGAGUUACAGAGGGCAGAGCUGCGAGCAGCACAACAGAUGCUGGCAGAGAAGCAGGCGAGACAACAACGCAUUGCUGCACGCCAUCGACCAGAUGCACUGCUGGAACAACUGUCAUUAGCGGCAAAGAGUGUGGACAACGAAUCGGACGAGAUUGCCAUGCAAUUUACGCAUGGUGACAUUGACGUGGCGCACUUUUUGUCUGCCUUUCUACCACAACGCAACUUAUAUCACGAGCGCACGCUUAAGCUCGCACGUGUACAACAGCAUUAG